AUGGAUCCUCCUUUGAUGAAAUGCGAUGUAAAUCAAACAUGUGUGGAUACAACUGAUGUUUUUGUAACUGGUCAAAAAUUUGCUACAAGAGAAGAGGCGAUAAGUUGGAUUAAGGAGGUUGGAAUCAGGAAUAAAGUGACAAUUAUAAUAAGUUGUUCAGAUACCAAAACAGGCAAGAGAGGAAGAAGUGAUAAAUUAGUAUUUGGUUGUGAUAAAGGUGGAAAAUACAAAAAAAAAACAGAUAGCGAAACCCAAAGUGCUAGUAAGAGAUGUGGCUGUCCUUUCAAAAUUAGGUCAACACCAUGGAAAGAUGGUUCUGGAUGGAAGAUCGAUGUAAAAUACGGAGUACACAACCACGGCUUACCUGAUAAAUUUGAAGGUCAUGCUUUCGUAAAUCGACUAAAUACAAAUGAUAAGCAACAUAUUGUUGAUUUGACAAAACGCCAUGUUCAACCAAGACACAUAUUAUUGUCAUUGCAAGAGCGUGACCCGGAAAAUGUCACUUGGAUCACGCAAAUAUACAAACAUAAGAAUAAGAUACAAAAAGAGAUAAGGGGUCCCAGAACAGAAAUGCAACAAUUGUUCAAGUUGGUUGAAGAAUCGGGUUAUGUUUACUGGAGUAGGAAAAAGGAUGAGUCAGAAGUUACAAACAAGUACAGGCAACCGUUGUUUGAAAUAGUUGGUAUGACAUCAACUAAAUUAACAUUUGUUGUUGCAUUUGCCUAUAUGGAAUCUGAGCAGACAAAUACUUUUUAUUGGGUAUUGGAUAAGUUGAAACAGUUGUUUAUCAAGCAGGAUGAUUAUCCUCAAGUAAUCUUGACUGAUAGAGAUCUUGCUUUAAUGAAAGCCAUUGAAACAGUAUUUUCAAAGACAACUAAUUUGCUUUUCCGAUUUCACAUCAACAAAAACGUGAAAUCAAAGUGUAAGGAACAUGUUGUGGAUGAUAUGCGAGAAACAGUGGAGAAAAUGUGGUUUGAACUUACAAGGACUAGUGAUGAGAUGGAGUACCAUCAAAGGUUGAAACAACUUGAGGAUGCAUGUGUUGACUCCAAAGGUUUUAUUGAUUAUGUGAAUGACACAUGGUUGACACCGUACAGACAUCGAUUUGUCGAAACAUGGAUCAAUCAAGUGUUACAUUUGGGCAACACCACAACAAAUAGGGUGGAGUCUGCACAUUGGAAACUUAAGCAAAUGUUAGAGAAUAGCUUAGGUGAUUUAUGCCAAUGUUGGGAGGCUAUGAAUGACAAUAUCAAGAUACAAGUGGACAACAUUAGAGCUUCAUUUCAGAAGAGUUUUUAUGAAGUUGAGCAUGCACACACUAGUCCUUUUUAUUCAAAUUUGUGUGGUUCAGUAUCAAGAGCUGCAUUGAGGCAGACUGUUGAAGAGUGGUUGAGGAUUGACAUGGUAGGUACAGAUACACAAAAGUGCGGAUGUACUCAUAGAAAAGUAUAUGGGUUACCAUGUGCUUAUGAGUUAGGGAGAUAUACAUUGAGUGGUGAUGCGAUACCAAUUGAGGCUAUUCCUAUUCAUUGGAGAAAACUAAGUAUGGAAGGAAAUCAAGAUGUAGAUGCAGAUGAUGGAUCAGAAAUAGACAUGACAAAUGCAAUCGGUGAAAUUUGGAAAAGGUGGAGGCCACUAGAUGUUGUCGGCAAAAAGAGUAUUAAAAAGCAGAGUGUGUGA